UAAGGUAUCCUACUGGGUUGGCAACUGGCGGCAGCUGGCAGUGUCUGAGUCUCGCAACAGCCCCUCACCCGGUGUUCGUUGUUGAUUCAGGAUGAAUAGAUGAAUCGAUUUCACAAUGGCAUUUUGAUUUCUAUUGUUGCAAGCUCAUCGACAUCAACGACUGAUUACCGUGCAUAAAUAGCUGGGCUCACUAUCUAGGGUACUCACCGCAACGUACAUCCUCGUGAAUCUUGAACCAGAUUUCUCUGACUUGAGCUCUUAAGUUAUUUCGUCAGAGCGAGUUCUUUCUCAUCCAUAAGUUUCUUUCAAUCCUCUUCCACUGCCAACACCGGCCUCAAGUCGCCGAGGAGUCGCAUCAUGCCUAUUGUGAAUCCCACAGCCACUUCCGUACCGGAGGAACCCAAGGCGUCUGAGUCUCGACCUAUGAGCCGUCUCGAAAUAGGCCUUGUUGUGGGAGUCAGCGUUCUCUUCGUCACCUUGAUCUUUUCCAUCUUCCUCGUCCAAGCCCUGGACCACCGCCAUCGUAAAAAGGUGCUGAGGAGAAUGGCCGAGGAUGCUAGAAACCGUACUCCCGAAGAGGAGAUGUUGUAUCGCCGGCUGGCAUGGCUGCAAGUUGAGCGCAUCAUACAAAGCCUGCGUUGCGUAUGGGUGGAUAAAGACAACAACCCAACCGAUCCACCCCCCGAAGUCGUUGAAUUUCACCGGCGCAAGGGCCGCAUCUCGUACCAGAAGCCGCACAUGCCGCAGUCGGAGCCACAGUCCAAGGAAGCGAACUAA